AUGUCGGGUGAACCCCAAACGGCCGAUGUCUCCAGCUUGGCAGCUCAGGUGAAGAAGCUGUCAAGGGAGGCCGAUGUACGCAAAUUGCACCAUAAGUAUGGCUAUUAUAUUGACAAAUGCCUAUAUAAAGAGAACAAUUACCAGGUCUCUCAACUCUUCGCUGAUCAUCCUGAUACCUACGUCCAAUUCCUGAAUGGACGCUUCAUCGGGAAGAAAGGAGUCGACCGCUUGUAUAUUGAGCGCUUCGCGAAGAGAUUCGUCGGUGGUCGAAAUGGUCCUAUCGACGGAUGGCUCCUCGACCACCUCAUGGCACAAGAUAUAAUCGAUUUUGACCCAAAGACCGGCAGGGCGAAGGCUCGAAUUCGCGCCCUGAUGAGCGCGGGCACUCAUGAAUCUCUUUCAGCUGACUAUCCUGGUGGAUACCGACAAUGGUGGGAAGGUGGAGUAUACGAAAACGAGUACAUUCUGCAGGAUGGUGUGUGGAAAAUUCUACGACUUCGCUAUUAUCCUUUCUGGCAUGGGUCUUUUGAGCUGGGUUGGAAACAGGCAAAGGAGUUCGUCCCCAUGUUCAAGGAGCAGUUCCCAGCAGACCCACUGGGUCCCGACGAGCUUCUCGCUGAUUUCUCGCUCUGGCCUGACACUCGUGUUGUUCCAUUCCAUUAUAAACACCCCAUCACGGGUCAGGAAGUGGCCGAAGAGGAUAUGCAAGCGCCAAAAUGGCUCGAGGAAGCCAGCACUGCCCCACCUGCCCGAACUAUCACUGACUGGGGUGUCUGA